UCACUAUUUACUAUUUACUAGCAGUUAGUAUGGAGUAUACUUAGUCAAAAUGAUGAACUAAAAGAUGCCUCUCUUCUCCUUAGGCGCCGGUGUUCUCGAACAUGCUUCGAUGACCUUCUGCCUUCUGUAAGAAGCUGAAUAAUAGCUCCGGGUCGUCCUCUUCUUUCGAGUCUUUGUCUGACCUUCAUUACUCGUAUACCGUAUUCUUCCUAUCCUUAACUGACCCCGCCGUAUACCCUACCCCUCAUGGCUUCCAAUCGCGGGCGGCGCAUCGCAAAGGAAAUCUCCGACAUCCAUGCCGACACGCUCUCGCAUAUCACGGUAGAACCGGUGGGCGACAACGAGGACCUCACGCAUCUCCGAGGCUCAUUUCCCGGGCCUCCCGGCACCCCGUACGAGGGUGGUACCUUUGUGAUCGACAUCCAAGUCCCUACCGACUAUCCGUUUCGUCCGCCCCAGAUGAAGUUCGUGACCAAGGUGUGGCAUCCGAACGUCAGCAGCCAAACAGGUGCCAUUUGCCUAGAUACUCUCGGAGCCGCGUGGUCGCCGGUUCUCACAAUCAAGUCUGCUCUCCUGUCGCUACAGUCGUUGCUGAGCACGCCGGAGCCGAAAGAUCCUCAGGAUGCGCAGGUUGCCAAUAUGCUCCUCUAUCAACCCAAGGAAUUUGAGCUCACGGCCAGGGAAUGGGCCUGGCUCCACGCGGGAGCCCCCAACAAACCCAACAGAACAGGAGGAGAAGGGAGCGGCGGAGCCACCGCCGAGUCGCUCCGGCUGCAAGAGCUCAAGAUCAAGGAAGAUCGAGAAAAGGAAGAUUUGGCCAAGUACGAUGGGUAUAACAAGGACAUGGUCGAUCGGUUCUGCAGUAUGGGCUUCGACGUGGACCGCGUCGUUUCGGCCUUCAAGUAUUUCGGCAUCGACCGAAAUGACGGCGAGGAUUACGAAUUGGAGGAAGCUUACAUGGGAGACGUCACUGCGCGGCUGUUGGGUGAGCCGUGA